UGAUACGCUGAAUUGCAGUCAACACGCGUCAUAAGCCCUGGCGAUUCCCCCAAAGCCAUGGCUGCCGUAACUUUCCUCAGAUCCCGUGUACCCGUGUCCUCAAUCCCUUUCGCCCAAUGCGCUUCCUACUCUACUUCUCGCCGCAUAAAAAUUCCACCACCGUUCCCCGUCACGCCUUCUUGCCCGGAACCAACAUGCGCAUGUGCAGAGAUGCCCAAGGGGCUCGAUAUCGACCACGAGCAGGAUCUCAAUGGAACAAUGGUAGCACAUUCACAACAGGUUGUGAUUGCAACGGGGCAGACGGAUUGGAGAAGUCGGAUCGAAGAGGAUGGACAGGAUCAUGGAUGGGGACUAUUAGCGAACGGGCUAAAGAGGCUAGUCAGUAGGGGCGGAAAAUACUCUGAUCCAUAUAAUGGUGUUUUGAUUACGAAUUCCUCCUUUACGCCCCAGUGCGAUCCGGCCUCCGAAACGAAGACUGCGUCUGCAUUCUUAUUUCCUAGCUUUAGAUAUAUACCGAAGGUACCUAUCGACGAAGAUGGUCUAGAGAGAUUUACAAAAGCGUUUUUACUACCGCUCGAGGUGCAUCAAGCACACAAUAUCCUACCAGCGGAGAAGCGAGAGGUCAUGAAACGAAAAACAGAGCUUCAAUUGUCGUUUCCGGACGCGGUUGAAUUAAAGCACUCUCCGACAAUCUUCAUCUGUGGCCAUGGAAAUAGAGAUCGGCGAUGUGGGAUAAUGGGUCCCCUUCUUCAAGCUGAAUUUCGCCGUGUGUUGCAACACGAAGGCUUCUCAGUCAGCGUUGAUAAAGUCGACGGCAUGCGACAUGCAAAUGUGGAGUUGAUCAGUCAUAUUGGCGGUCAUAAAUAUGCCGGAAACGUGAUUAUAUAUCUUCCAUCUUCUAUCAACUCAGCAUCAGAUUUACCACAUCCAUUGGCCGGAAAGGGAGUUUGGUAUGGGAGGGUUGAGCCGAAACAUGUUGAGGGAAUUGUGAAAGAGACAAUACUGAAGGGCCGUGUUGUUAGAGAUCAUUUCCGAGGCGGCACUGAAGAGGCCGGGAUUCUGAGGUUAUGAUUGCAUGAUAGUUAGUAAUUAUUGAUAGACAGCGAUGCAUUUAGCCUUUAGAUAGG